GAUUUCGAUCAAUUGAAUUUUUCCGCUUUGCCUGAAAACACAAGAGCAUCUUGUCAAAGAAGAAAAAAGAGAAAAAGAAAAAUCGAUAGUCUCCUUUAGGCUACAUAAUCAAAGUACCUUGUAACAUUCGAUAAAACCCCAAACUAUGUGAAGCACUUCAGUUAGGAAAGUGGUAUAUAUCGUCCAAAGCACGCAGAAAAUUGUUCCACAAGUGAGGCGUGUCCACAGUCGGCAGAACCGGUCUAAACCACAAAAAUAAACAAGACUUUAGAUUUGUGUUUAGUCCAACACUCUUCCUCCUCUUCCUUCCUCUUUUUGGGUUUUCAGUCUCUCCCUCCCAAGAUUUUUCCUACUCCUUGUCCCCCAGUUUCCCCAAAUUCAACCCCCCUAUAAGAGAUGCCCAUGCCCUCCAAACCCAUAUGAGAUCAUCAACACACAAGGCCCAAAAGAUUGAAACUUUCAUACUAGAGGGUCAUGAGUAUGGAAGCUCGUGUUGGAGUUGUAGAAGGAGGGCAGAGAGCUCUGAAUUCAGCUCUCAAUCAGCAAACCAAGCAGUCCCUCAAUCCCCAGUCCCAGGUUGGCACCCUCAAUCAGCUCUUGGCUGGUGGGAUUGCUGGUGCCUUUAGCAAAACCUGUACCGCUCCACUUGCUCGCCUCACCAUCCUCUUUCAGGUGCAAGGAAUGCAUUCUGAUGUUUCAGCAUUGAGUAAGGCGAGCAUAUGGCGAGAGGCUACACGUAUUGUCAAUGAGGAAGGUUUUAGAGCAUUUUGGAGAGGCAAUCUCGUUACUAUUGCUCAUCGUCUUCCAUAUUCUUCAGUCAGCUUCUAUGCUUAUGAACGCUACAAGAAAUUGUUGCAUUCAACUUUUGGUGAAGAUCUUAGGGGUAAUGCAACUACCGAUAUGUGUGUACACUUUCUCGGUGGUGGGAUGGCUGGUAUAACAGCUGCCUCAGCUACAUAUCCACUAGAUCUUGUGAGGACACGUCUAUCAGCUCAGAAAAAUGUAGUAUACUACAGAGGCAUCGGACAUGCAUUUCAUACAAUUUGCAGAGAAGAAAGAUUUUUGGGAUUGUAUAAAGGACUUGGAGCAACUCUAUUGGGUGUUGGACCCAGCAUAGCAAUCAGUUUCUCCGUUUAUGAGGCUUUGAGGUCUUUUUGGCAGUCUGAAAGGCCCAAUGAUUCUACAGUCAUGGUGAGUCUUGCUUGCGGCAGUCUUUCAGGCAUUGCGUCAUCAACAGCAACAUUCCCUCUAGAUCUGGUGAGGCGAAGAAUGCAAUUAGAAGGGGCCGGUGGUCGGGCCCGUGUCUAUAACACUGGCAUAGUAGGAACUUUUAGGCACAUAAUCCGGAACGAAGGCCUGCGUGGCUUGUACAGAGGAAUUCUGCCAGAAUAUUACAAGGUUGUUCCCAGUGUAGGCAUUGUCUUCAUGACGUACGAGACAUUGAAAAUGUUUCUGUCACGCAUCCACACAAGUGACUAGUUGCCUCUUCACCUUUUGUUAUCCACCAUCUGUUGUGCCAUGGAAUCUCGUUGAGUUAGUUUUCUUGUAGUUGGUUGAAGACAGAAGAUAGAUUGAAGACUAAUUCUUUUUUUGGUAGUUGAGAGAUUUGAUGGUGGUAAAUUUUGCGGUUGCUGCCAUAAAACCAUAUUUUCCUUGUAUAGGUAGUUAGCUGCUUGAGUGGUAUCAUGUUUCCCCUUUGGAAAUAUUAGGUAGUAACCUUUAUAAGUAUUCGUAGGUGAGAGGGAUACCAUCAGAACAGUUUGGUUGUUGCAGGUUCUAUUUAUCUUCUAGUUUUUAUUUCUAAUUUAUUUUGUUCUGUAGACACAACAUAUUGUUUGAGGAAUGACAUCAUAUAGUUAUGGCAUUUUACUAGUAUCAUAUUGAUGCUAUUUCAGAAAAGCCAUGUAAAAAAAAACAAAGCGAAGUUUAUAUAUUUAUACCUGGAAUUGCGAGGGAUUUCUUCUUCUCAUAUUGUCUCAAUUACCAGUCUGUGGAUGCUUAAUCUUGUUAUUACAUAUUCCCAAGGUAUGAGAACUUGAGAAGUAAUGAACCUCCAAUAGUUUGCAUC